AUGGCCCCGAAAUAUAUUGUAACCUUUCAAGACUCAGCUGCGACUGAGGAGAUCAAUUUCUACAUACAGCAGAUCCACAAGGACGGGGGCUCUGUCACGAACAGAUUUCCGGAUAUGAUUGCUAGGGGCUUUUCAGCAUAUAUUACAGAUGCAGUCCUUCAUAGGCUGGAAUCGGACUCUAGUAUUGAUCAUAUAACGCCCGAUACUUCUUAA